AUGCGAAUUGAGCUCCCACGUUCGAUUGUGUGGCGUUGGGCGGAGGCCAACGGCUUUGUUUCUGAGCUGGGCGGUGUAGAGAGCUUCACGCAUGGGGAAAUGGACAAGCCGUGCACACUUAUUGAGCAGCUGCGCGAGCCGGACAUGAUGCAUUUCCUUCAGUCUGUCGCACCGAUGGUGGCAGCAAGCCGGCGGGCACGUUCGGCGUCGCGGAUGAGCUCAACGGAGCCGCUGCCGUUAACGUAUUACCCACCGAGCCCCGAAGCAGGCUCAGUGGCAACAACAGAACAAACAUGUGAGGCGGACGAUGACGCUUGUCUGAGUGAGAACAGCGACGAUAAUGACAAUAGCGGUGGGAUGUACGCCUCCAACGAGAAUGUUUUGGCGGCGUGUCGGUCCCAAUCGGCUGCCACAACCACACUGCGUAACUUCUCACCAGUCGCGGGCGCAGCUUCUGUGGUAUCCGCAGGGAGCCACCACAAAGAAGGAAGAGAGAAGCGUGAGAACUUUGCCCCGCCCACUGUGAAGACGACACCGGUGGCCUCCAUCAACACCACCAAUGAGCAGCGGAGGGAGGAGGGAGAGGAGGAGGACGGUCUCUCACGGUGCCUGGAGGCUCUUGGCACGGAGAUGGAUACUUCGGCAGUGCAUUUGGUGCGUGGUUUUUCCUCACAAAACAGCGCCCUUCUAGCACUUCUCACCGUACAGAAGGGAGAACGUGGCGCCGCUGUUUGCGACGGUGGCAGCGAGGCAGUUGUUUCAAGUACACCACCGCCCCCAUCGUUAUCAUCGAGAGAUCUUCAGAGAGCUGGGCAACUGCCAGGGAAGGAGAAACCGCGGCGGCGCACCGUGACGCGUCGACGCCAGCCUCAUGUAGGAGAUUGUGAUGAAGAAGUGGGAGCAACGCCAAAGCGAACCCGGAAGGAUAAAUCACCGACACCAUCGCCGCUUGCAGGUUCCACCAAAGUGGGUGAGGUGAAUGCGGCAACAGGGGCAAUGGACCGAGCAUCACAAGCCGAGUCGUCAGCCGCUGGCGCUCCACACGACCCGUUACCAGCAACACUCAAUAAUGCCAUCCCACCAUCAGCAGUUGCUGCGGCGCCUUGUGCAGGUCGUGAUGUCGUCCCCAUGCGUCACAGCAUUUCCACUACAGGGGAGCGUAAUGCAGCUGCCCUCAACUUCACUGCUGGGGCAGCGUACAACUUUGCGGAUUUUAUGACUGCACCAGAGAAUGCGGCCCACUUGCCUCUCUUACCCGAUGUAAAAAAGGUGCUCCUGGACCUCGAAGGGAUGCUUCCACCUAAGCGAAGACGUCGUGGUACUGGAGAGACGAAGGUGUCACGGCCGCCAUCGAAGAGAGGAGCAGCAGGAGGAGAGCAACGCAAAACCCCAGCGAAAGGGCGUAGGAAGGGCAAGGAAGUGAUCUCAGAAGGGAAAUUGAAAGCAUCAACGACGGCACAACCGCUGCUUCCGAUGGCUGGUGACUGCGCAAGAGCCUUGCCACGUGUUCCUGAAGCUUUUGAAGCUGCUGCUGCUGCUGAUUUUGGUGAUAUCGUCAUUUCCUCACCUGCGGCUGCCUCUACAAAAAUGGGGCUCUCUGACGUAUUAGAACACGGGCCAUACAUUCAGUCGCCAGUUUUGCCGGCGCGUCAAAAUUCCAGACAAUCAUCAGUAACUGAUUGUCCCAAAGCUGGGCAUACAUCAGAUACAGCAGCAUCAAAUUGUUGUGUCCCAUCGACUUGUGUGACUCCCAUGAGUGAAUACCACUUGGCCGAGUCGGCUUCCCGUCAAGAUCGAGAACCAAGAGACGAAAGGAAUAUGGAUACUGGGUCUGGGUGUGCUCAUUUUAUGCGUGCUGCCUCAGCAGCAGCCGCCGCCGCAACCACCACCACCCCGCUGAGCCUGAGAGCCAGAUUCUUGGGGAAAGAAAUGGAUAGGCAGCUGAUACCCACCCUGUUAGGGACCCAUGCGCCGCUCCCGUUUGCACCUGACUCACCUUCACUCCAUCAGUUCCAGCAGCAGGGCAACAAGCAUUAUGGUAUGCCUUUUGCUGUGGUAGAGGGCGACUCCCGCAAGAAUCGCUGGCGACGUGUGGUGCGACAACUGAACAGCCUCUCAUUGCACCUUACACAAGCACGAGCGUGUGGCGAGGAGUUGCGGGGGUUGUUCUUGUUGAUGCUUGAAGAUGCAGAAGUCUAA